ACAUAAGAGAGCAGGUUACAGUAAACGAACCUCUAAGCUUAAUUUUCUUAGAUCUCUUAUGGAGUCUCUAAUGGUAGUAAUGCCUAGUAUGGAUUCCUGUCUUAAUCAGUCCGUCGUCUGCCAAAUUGUUAUACUGCUACUCAGUUAUGAUUUUAUGCAGGACGUUGACAGUCUUGUAUUUUCUCAUAGGAGUUCCAUGUAAAGAACGAAGAAUUUCCCUUGUCCUUUGCAAAAGGCUCCUAUGAAGGAUUUUGGUGGGCCUUUAUCAGCAUGACUACUGUUGGAUAUGGGGACAAAACUCCAAGAUCAUUUUUUGGUCGCUUGUUUGGCGUGUUAUGGAUUCUUCUUGGUGUAAUUGUCGUUACUAUGUUUACCGCUACGGUGACCUCCGCUCUCACUCACAGUUCGUCGCCAGAGUUUACCACUGCAGUGGAAGGACAAGAGGUAGCCGUAUUUUACGACAGCAAAGCCGAGGCCGAAGCAUUUUAUCUGGGAGCAACAACUCAUUCGUACGAGAAUUUCGAAGACAUGCAUAAGGAUCUACUUGAUGAUAACGUAGAGGGUGUCUUUAUGGAGAGACUCCGAGCAUUCUACUUUUACAGGGAUAUAGAAGACGAUGAUGAUAAUUUGCGAGUGUUUGACACCGUUCCUGCAGAUAUUACAUACAAGAUGGCCCUUAAACGAAACACUACUUGCAACUUCCUGCAAAAAAACUUUUGCUUCAGACAUCGCCUGGAGAAUCCUUUGAUUGACUCACUCGUCAAAAACUACACUAUUCCUUUAAAGGCUUUUAAACCAUCCAAGGAUAUAGUGAGUCUUUUGUCGGGAGAUUCUGAAGAAACGGGUAUUUUACUACUUAUCAUCAUGGGCGUUUUACUCGGUCUAUUCGCGUUAGGCAUCUUGGUAGAAGUUUUUCUCAGAAAAUCUGCAAAGCGGCCCUGCAAACCAGCCUCACAUGAGAAAAGUCAGAAAACUGCGACUACCGAAAAUUUCCUUCGUGUUAACCCGACUUGGAGGCAGCUGGAAGGCCUGGAACAGGAUCUAGAAAAGCUCUCUAUUCAUGUACAGACCAUGAAAGAGAACCUCACAAAUACAACAGACAACACUCUCAAGCUCUCUGAAUUUUCAGGUUCAACCAUUUAAUUCGGAUAGUCUGUAGCAGGCUCGUUUGGAGGAGAAGAUCUGUGAAUGUCAUUUGUUCUCCUUCUAAACUGAUGGUCAACUAUCUCACUCCCGAGAGUGUUAAAAAGGUAUCUUCUCCGUGAACUAUGAAUUGACUGUCAAACGGACAGGUGACUCAACAAAAUAAUUUCUUGAGAUAUUUCAGGGAAGUUUCCUUAACCUACCACAAAAUCCUCAGAUCUAAUAUUAAAACUAAAUAUUACGAAAAUCCAUAAGUAGAGUACUGUUACAACUGCUAUGUGAUGAAAUACUUUCCAAAUUCAUAGUUUACGGAAUUGGUCUGCAUUUUCCUUCUCAGAAUAGCUUCUGCCGCACAACGUGUUUCUUAAUUUCUUCUUGGAAAAUCACUAUUAACUGUGAAAGUUAUAACUUGGACAAGAGGAGCCGUCGUAGCCAUCUAAGACAUAUGCAGAGGGCUUAGAGAACCCAAACAUCUCUUGACUUGGAAAUUGUCCACUGGCACAGUAACACAUUUGUAAUGACAGGUUUUUGAUGGAAGUUAUUUUUGGCGUUAUCUUUGAGCGGUAAAUUUAAUUUAACUAUUAGGCAUCCUUCAGAAUUUUAAGUUCACAACUACCAACAGUGCCGUUAGACCUUUCUGCUGGGUGAAUUGUUUAACUGCUACGGCUAAGCAGACCAAUUCGUUAGGUUCACAGAUACGGCUGCAGUUCUGCGACACGAACUCUGCCUCGUUUAAUUUUAACGCGUUUUUGGAGGGGAAUUCCAAAUUACAGCAAGGGUAUGUCACUCAGUAAAAAUUAAAAGAUGUUUGAAGUAUGACAAUGGGCUGUUUCAAAGAUAUUUGUUUUGUAAAUCGUUCAAGUUGGUCAAAGAUGAACAAAUUCUGGGUACAGUGUUGAUUUGAAAACUGCUUCCCUAGGCCAUAAUGACCUAACUGUUCCGUAACAGGAACAGUAUGACUAAUUUAAAUUAAAAGAAAUCAACGAUCGACUAAGUUACUUUCUCAGUCCCCUGUUAGCCUCUUCACCAAGAUUGCGACAGUUGCUAAUGUUUCGAUAUGAAGAAGGAGUAGAGUAGAGCCAGUAAAAUGUUUAUUGAAAUGCAAGCUUGUUUAAUUAGAUAAUUUAAAAGCACGACAAAUCACUAACAUUUAAAAACAUGAACUGUACAGUUGCAGACUUAAAGACGUCUAUUGACAGGAGAAAAAAAUAACUAAGUAAAUUCUCAUUAGUUCCCUGAUAAAUUGUGUGAUGCUGAUCCGCUUAUAUGAAGCUGAUCCGCAGCCCGCUUCUUAAUUAUAUCUAUUUAUCUUAUAUUAUAUCUAUCUAUUUAAUUAUAUUAAUAUAAUUAAUAUAAUGAUAUCUUAAUUAUAAAUAAACAAACGAGUCCUUGAUUAAUGGAGACAUUUUACACAGGAAAUUCGAUAUUAAUUAGAUAAUAAGAAUAGCCAUUAUUACCCUGAGAAAAAUUGUCAGCUUGUGAAUUUUGAAUCUCGAAUCAUUUUAAAUGAUUAGUAACUAUUCGUUUGUUACGAUCUGCUGAAACUUCCUUGGAGGUUCCGAAAUAAUAUUUAAAGAAGUUGUUUCAUUUCGCCUUUUUUGUUUUCAAUUACUACCAUGUUAGCUGAAAAUCUUUGGUACUUUUUAAUUUGCAUUUGAAAUUUCUGAUUUGUAAGAUGUCGUCAAAAGAUAUCAAUAAAUUAAAUAUUUAUCAAUUAUCAAUAGUGCCGAGUUUGACAAUCUAGUUUACGCUACAUGUAUGUCACCAUUAGGAAAUGAACAUAUCACUUUAUGUACAAAUUUUAUCCGUCCCACAUAUCCCAACACCACAUUCCACCUGAUUCCUAUAUAAGCUGAGUCCAAGGUAUUCUGUACCAUUUGCAACAUAAGUACCUUUGUUGGUCGAUACUGUUUUUAAAAUCGAAAUAUAUAUAGCAUCCCUCGUGAGCUUGAAAUUCUAUUCUCUAAUAAGUGUGAAUGGUACCACCACUGGUCGGGACAUUACGCGUUAUGUAAAAUACUUUCCGAAGUACACCUGAAGUGCCUGAGUUGGUUACAGAGAGCGAAAACUGUUGGGCACUUCGUAGAGAAAUUGCAGGAAAAGCUAUUUUCUCUGGCGAUUUCCAUUCCGGUGCCAAGAAGACUGAUACUAACACAGUGAAACUACGCAACUGUGCGACCAAUCAGAGCGCAUACCGGCGUAUAAAAUAUUACCAAUUCCUUUUGUUCACCCUUGCCUGUUGCUCUCAGGCUCACAGAAAAGAUAAACGUCAACAUACAUGUUCACGUAUAUCGUGUCAUAAAUAAGUGGGUCCCUCACUUGUCCUUCGCAUGUAAUUUUGAAAAUUGUACAUUUAAUAUUGCUCAGUUGGCAAUGAAAGAAAAUAGCAAGACUGCCCUAGUUCCAA